AUGGACGAGAUCUGUGAGGAUGGUCGAGUUGUAGGACAUUUGCCUUCGAAGUGGGAGUGGGCACAGAGCAUAGAGCAUGCUGGGCAUCUGCCCCAGCUGUCACAGCGCUUGGCGAAGCAGCUCUUGCUGGUGGUUUCGGGCGUGAGAUCCGAGGAGAACCAAGCUUCCCUGACCCGGGACAUGGCAAGCUUUGACUGGAUCUUGCAGGCCCUCAUCUCGGGCAACAGCACGCUGGGAAUCGUUGCCGCUCCAAACGAGGAAGUAGCUGAUGCUCUGUCGGUGACUGCCGCCAUGUGGGCAAGCUUCAGUGACCUCUUGGGCAGAAACCCAACCGACGCGGUCAUGCACGAGGUGUUUGAUCAGAACAUGCUGCUGCUUGACGCUGCGCAAAAUGUCCUCCAUGCUUUGCUCGAAGCUGCAAGGUCCGCAGGCUAUUCGGGAAGCCUUGUGGCGGAAAUCGCAGAGUGUCAGAUGAUGCUUGUCGAAAAAAUCUGCAAGGAGAGCUUGUUCGUCGCGGCAGAUAUUCGGGUGGCCAAGGCUCUGCAGAGGCUUGCAGAGGCCAAGGAGCAUUACGAGGCAGCCCAUGAGGCGUUGGUGUUGGGAGUGGAGGCUGCAAACAUCCCGAAGUUGACGAGCUUGUGCACCAUGCACAAGAUGCGGGAUGUGACCUACUAUGCCAAGGAAGUGCAUCGACGGGUCCGAGGGAUCUUGAACGCCCGAACCUCGGAGGAGACUCUUCGGCUGGCACAGGGUUUCCGAAACGACAUGUCUGUGGUCGUGGACCCGCUCUCCCAGGCCAUGUCGUCAGCCGUCCACCUCUUCGUGCUGGAUGAUGGCACCUGCAACCCGCUGGCAACAACAACGCAGGAGCAAUGGAUGCAUUUGGCGCGUGGGCUAGCCGAACAGCGAGUGGCAAGUCAGGGUGUCUUCCGGUACUUCAUGCAGGUGGUCCAUGGAAUUGACGUGGCUUCCAGCAAGGUUGACCUGGCGGUGCAGCUCGCGAAGAACAACAACCAACUCCUUGGGCUGGUUCAAGGGAGCAGGGAGGAAGACAUCCCUGCUCCUCCGACGCAGGAGUUGCUAUCCCAGCUUGUGAAACUGCAUGUUGCCUGGCAACAUAUGAGCAAGGUGCUGUCAGAUGCAGUUCAUCAGGAUGAGAUUGCCGAAGUUGACAUCACAGAGGUCGAAGUCUACAACCAAGAGUUCCUCAGGGAUGCAGACAUUGUCAUGGAGCUGCUAGCUGUGGUACACCACUGCCCGACUCUUGGCAUCCUGAACAUCACCAACCAUCAGGCCUGGCCUUCGACAUGCUCUUUACUCAGACCGCUCUCAUCAGCUAUGGCCAUGCAGGCGACAACUUGGACGAGCUGA